CAUUUCUGGUCCUGACCCAGACUCAGAGGGAACCAACCAUGGUGCUGUCUGCUGCCGACAAGAGCAACAUCAAGACCGCCUGGAAAGCGAUUGGCAGCCAUGCUGGCGAGCGUGGCGCGGAGGCCCUGGAGAGGAUGUUCCUGUCCUUCCCCACCACCAAGACCUACUUCCCCCACUUCGACAUGAGCCACGGCUCCGCCCAGAUCAAGACCCACGGCAAGAAGGUGGCCGACGCACUGGGCAACGCCGUGAACCACCUCGAUGACAUGCCCACUGCCCUGUCUGCUCUGAGCGACCUGCACGCACACAAGCUGCGUGUGGACCCGGUCAACUUCAAGCUCCUGAGCCACUGCCUGCUGGUGACCCUGGCCAGCCACCACUCGGCGGAAUUCACCCCUGCGGUCCACGCCUCCCUGGACAAGUUCUUUGCUGCGGUGAGCACCGUGCUGACCUCCAAAUACCGUUAACUGGAGCCUCGGUGACCUGUGCCCCCUGCCCCUGGGCCUCUGGGCCUCGCCCUUCUUCCCUCUCCGCACCGCACCCCCUGGUCUUUGAAUAAAGUCUGAGUGGGUGGCA